AUGGAUAAUUCAGAGCUCGUAACCGAUAAACUUCAGGACGAAGUUCCGCUUUUCAAUCAUUUAACAACCGCACAGCAGCGCGAGACAGCAGAAACAUUAGCUGAGAUCUAUUCUUUGAUCAUAGCGUUAGACCACGUUGAAAAGGCUUAUCUGAGGGACAGCCUCUCUGGAGAGGACUAUACGGUACUAGUGAACAAGCUUCUAGCGCAAUACAAAACUUACUUGUCGGACGAACAAGUACUGAAAGAGUUUGGGGAUUUGCAAGAGUUUAAAGAGAAGUAUUACAUCAGCGCCUCCAAUGCUAUUACCAGAAUAGAACGGGGCAUCCCAGUGACCGUGGAGCACGGAAUCAGAAGUGAAAGUGACAAAGAGCCUUCUACUGCAGGUGGCUCAAAGUUUGGCGGAAAAGCUGUAGCUGAGGCGACGGGAAAUUUCAUCACAGUGAUGGACGCUUUGAAGCUAAAUUACCGCACCAAGGACCAACUGCAUCCCUUGAUGUCUGAGCUGCUGCUGAGUAUUAACAGAGUGAGCUCUCAGGAAUUUGACCAGCGGAAGAAUUUGGUGCAGUGGAUUGUGAAGAUCAACAAGAUGAGAGCCUCAGAGAAGCUUUCCGAAGACGAUGCCAGUGAGCUGCUAUUCAGUCUUGAUGCAGCCUACAAGAACUUUUACACGCUUCUCGAGUAG